CGAACAUGUGUGUCAACAGGACGGGCUACCUAGGCGGAGAGCACGCCUACCACUCAGGGUGUUGCUGCCAGGGGGCCGUCCUCUUCAUCCCGCCCCGGGGCUAUAUGAGCAGCGUGCUGUCCUCGCUCCCGCUGCAAUCUUCUCCAAGGUCCUGGCCAAGGCAGUUGCUUCCCAGCUUCCUCACGUUCUCUCCUACACUUGAGUGCAGCAGUAUGUCUCGCCAUAGCAUGCGCAUCAGCAGCGGCCCCGGAGGGCUCAGCGGUGGCUCCAUUGUCACCCAGCGCAGGGUGGUCACGACCUCCAGCGCACCCAAGGCAUUCAGCAUGUACGGGGCUCCAGGUUACGGAAGUCGCAUUGCCUCCACCAGCAUGCACGCCGUCUCCUCCGGGUUGGGUGCCGGUUUCGGAGCGGGUGCCGGGGGCUUUAGCGGUCUGGAUUCAGAAUCAAUCCAGCUCAACGAGAAGGCCACCAUGCAGAACCUCAACGAUCGCUUGGCCAGCUACCUGGACAAGGUGCGAUCUCUGGAGAAGGCCAAUGCGGAGCUGGAGGCCAAGAUCCGUGAGCACUGUGAGAAAAAGGGUCCAAUUGCGCAGCGCGACUACAGCGCCUACUGGGCGACAAUCAACGACCUGAAGGACAAGAUCGCCGCUGCCACCGUGGACAAUGCCAACGUCCUUCUUCAGAUCGACAAUUCGAAACUGGCUGCUGAUGACUUCAGGACAAAGUACGAACACGAGCUCAUGAUGCGCCAGUCUGUGGAGGCUGACAUCGCCAACCUCCGCCGCCUCCUCGACCAGACCACUCUGACCAAGGCCGACCUGGAGAUGCAGAUCGAAGGGCUGCAGGACGAGCUCGCUUACCUCAAGAAGAACCAUCAAGAGGAUCUGGCAGCCCUGCGUUCGCAGCUCACUGGUACGGUCAACGUGGAGGUGGAUGCCGCACCACAGCAGGACCUGAAAAAGGUGCUCGAUGAGAUGCGGAUGCAGUACGAGAACAUCACCGAGAAGCACCGGCGCGACCAAGAGGCCUGGUUUAACGACCAGUCCGCUGUCCUGACCAAGGAGGUUGCCAUCAGCACGGAAACAAUUCAGACGAGCAAGACAGAGAUCACGGACCUGAGGCGCACCCUGCAGGGGCUGGAAAUCGAGCUUCAGUCCCAGCUCAGCAUGAAAGGAGCUUUGGAGAACACGCUGGCCGAAACAGAAAAUCGCUAUAGCGCCAUGCUCGCAGGCUUCCAGAACCAGAUCCACAUACUGGAAGCUGAUCUGGCACAGGUGCGAGCCAGCAUCGAGCAGCAGGGCCACGAGUACAAGAUGCUGCUGGAUGUGAAGAGUCGCCUGGAGCAGGAGAUCGCCACCUACCGGGCCCUCCUGGAAAAGGAGGAGACCAAGGGUCCAGGCACAGGUCCAACGGUCCGCUCUGUGAGCUGAAGGCCGAGCGUUUGGCACUGCGGCAGAGGGCCCGUUCGGGAGCGUCUCACACACCGGCAGCCGUGCCUGUUCGUGUGUGUGUCCGUAUACAUGUGCAGCGCGCUUUACCUUUGCUUGCAGCGCCUUUAUACGAGAAGCAACAGAUUAAAGGCCUGAUAGUGGAAACUCUUUCAUUGGGAAUCCAGAUGAACACAGACCAACUGUCUCAUUAUCCUUCUAGCAAAAUACGCUUCUAAAAAUAAAUCUGUUGCUGCAAAAAA